AUGGAUGGGACCAACAGCAGCAGCCAGGGCCGCUUCGUCCUCCUGGGUUUCUCUGACCGCCCCCACCUGGAGAGGGUCCUCUUUGUGGUCAUCCUGGUGGCCUACGUGCUGACCCUGGUGGGCAACAGCACCAUCAUCCUGGUGUGUCGGCUGGACCCCCGGCUCCGCACGCCCAUGUACUUCUUCCUCGGCCACCUGUCCUUCCUGGACCUCGGCUUCACCUCCAGCUCCAUCCCCCAGCUGCUCUACAACCUGAGUGGCCGCGACAAGACCAUCAGCUCCGCGGGCUGCGGGGUGCAGCUCUUCCUGUUCCUGGGCCUGGGCGGGGUGGAGUGCCUGCUGCUGGCCGCCAUGGCCUACGACAGGUUCGUGGCCGUCUGCAAGCCCCUGCACUACACGGUGAUCAUGAGUCCCAGGCUCUGCCUGGGCUUGGUGUCGGCGGUCUGGGGCUGCGGGGUGGCCAACUCCCUGGUCAUGUCCCCACUGACCCUGCGAUUACCCCGCUGUGGGCACAACAAGGUGGACCACUUCCUGUGUGAGAUGCCGGCCCUGAUCCGCAUGGCCUGCGUCAGCACGGCUGCUGUGGAGGGCAUUGCCUUCAUCCUGGCCUUGGGCAUCGUGCUGUGCCCCAUGGUCUUCAUCCUGGGCUCCUACGGCCACAUCGUCAGGGCUGUGUGCAGAAUCCAGUCGUCCUCAGGAAGGCACAGAGUCUUCAACACCUGUGGCUCCCACCUCACCGUGGUCUCGCUCUUCUACGGGAACAUCAUCUACAUGUACAUGCAGCCCGGAAAGCACUCCUCCCAGGACCAGGGCAAGUUCCUCACGCUCUUCUACAACAUGGUCACCCCGCUGCUCAACCCCCUGAUCUACACCCUCAGGAACAAGGAGGUGAAGGGGGCGCUCGGGAGGCUGCUGCUGGGAAAUGUAAGUUUAAGGAGGAUUUUAUGA